UYAUUCAUUCACCASAGACUACCGCCGACAAAGUACCCCACAAAUUGCUAGCAUAUUUUACAACCCUUCCRCCAUGAGAUCUCAAACAUCUUACUCUAUCUAUGCAUGUGCCGCAUUCCUCUCGUUGGUGACCAGCGGUUCUGCCGAGUCGACCGGCAAGCCRCAGAGUAUGCACGCCACAGUCCGCCGCUUGCAACAAACGCAAAAACAGAAGCAGCAACAAACCAUCCAAGUCGACRCCGACGACGARAACGACAGCAAGACCUGCAUUAUCGAUGGCGAUGUUAGGUGCACAUCGACCUAUUAUGUGUACAAAGAAUUCGAAGACGGUGGUGUCACGUUUGCGCAGGCACGGGCGGCAACCGGCUACGAUGCCGACCUAGAAAGCUGCGUGCUAGCUCCCAUUUAUUCCUACCAGGAUCUGCUGGACAUUUCCGAUGUGAUUCCGCCGUGCAAGGCUGCGUACACGGCAGCGUACAAAGAUCCCCUCACUGUCUACCGUGAAUCGAAGACCUGCCUGGACGACGGCCGCAUUCCCUUCAACUGCGACUUUUCCACACUCGGAGGAACACUGGGUGCGUUGUGGGGGGACGAGUAUCGGUCGGUAACCACCCAAAAGAUGGGUGAAUUUGGCUCGUGCUCUCUUUCGGAGUGGUUUGGAGACGGCGAAUUCAUUGCGGGGGGCCAYGUCUGGUGCCCCGCCCUGCGACAGAACUGGUUUAACCUGGGAARCAAAAAGGASGGGGGCGCAAUCCCACCCGAGGUUUGGAACGAGGGCGAUUCGUCCUUCUGCGGGGACGGACCGAUCCAAAAUGCCGCUGCCGCCUUCGCGACGGAUUAUACCUCUUCGAAGCCGACCGCCGCCCUCAAGGCAGUCAACAGCGGAGAAUAUUUGCCUGGAGCCGUCUACAAGUGCUGCCAGGACGUGGUUACUUGCUACGAGGGCRAAUAAUUGGAAUGGAAUUUUGAGAUUGCCUUUCAGAAAUUCUUCAGAGCUGUAAAGAUGGCGAAAAGAAGACGUGUACAGCWUGAUCCAAGGAACUAGUCUCUGAUCUGUAAUAAUAAAAAUGUUGUAUU